AGGUAUCCGCACCCGCCCGCUGGACCGCCCGCCCCGCGCUCUGGCGGCUUCUCCCCGGCGAUGCCUCCGCUCUGGGCCCUGCUGGCCUUCGGCUGCCUGCGGUUCGGUUCGGCUGUGAACCUGCAGCCCCAACUGGCCAGUGUGACCUUUGCCACCAACAAUCCCACCCUCACCACUGUGGCCUUGGAAAAGCCUCUCUGCAUGUUUGACAGCUCAGAGGCCCUCACUGGCACCUACGAGGUCUACCUGUAUGUCCUGGUUGACUCAGCCGGCUCCAGGAACGCCUCAGUGCAAGACAGUACCAAGACCCCACUGAGCUCAACGUUCCAACAAACAGAGGGUGGGAGGACAGGUCCCUACAAAGCCGUGGCCUUUGACCUGGUCCCCUGCAGUGACCUGCCCAGCCUGGAUGCCGUUGGGGAUGUGUCCCAGGCCUCACGGAUCCUGAAUGCAUACCUGGUCAGGGUGGGCGUCAACAGGACCUGCCUGUGGGACCCCAACUUCCAGGGGCUCUGUAACCCGCCCCUGUCAGCAGCCACAGAGUACAGGUUCAAGUACGUCCUAGUCAACAUGUCCACAGGCUUGGUAGAGGACCAGACCCUGUGGUCGGACCCCAUCCGCACCAACCAGCUCACUCCAUACUCGGUGAUCGACACGUGGCCAGGCCGGCGGAGCGGAGGCAUGAUUGUCAUCACUUCCAUCCUGGGCUCCCUGCCCUUCUUUCUACUUGUGGGUUUUGCUGGUGCCAUUGUCCUCAGCCUCUUGUAAG